ACAUGGAUUGCAGCAGGCUGACAUUAGUUUCCCUUUUUAUUUGACUUUAACAGGACCAAAUGAGUCAGUAUUUAGCGUUUUUGUUCAAUAAUCUGCUUCUAUAAAAUAAGAGUGACGUAAUGAAAGUGUGCAGGACCAGGUAGUUUAGUCUGCAGUCACACAGCUGUGUUGUUAUUAUGGCUUCUGUAGUGAGCUCCUCUUUAAUGUCACCUGUCAGGUUUUGUUUGCAUCGCAGUUUGUGCUCAAGAGCAAACAGGACGGUGUCUGCAAACUGUUUUGGUGAAAGGAGUUUGUGUCCAGCUCAAGGUGCUGCAGCAGCUUUGUGCAGACAAACAAACUCUCCCCGGUGGGAUGGAGCUCGGGGGCUUUUCUCCCGUGGCGGCGGAGGAGGUGGAGGAGGAGGUGCGGCCGUGGAGCAGCAGACUCUGGAGAGCAUCGCUAAGAGCAUCAGAGAGCAGCGCUACAAGAGAGUGGUGGUGAUGGCUGGAGCUGGGAUCAGCACUCCCAGCGGCAUCCCAGACUUCAGGUCUCCAGGCAGCGGUCUCUAUGACAACCUGCAGCAGUACAACCUGCCGUACGCCGAGGCCAUUUUCGAGAUCAACUUCUUCCAUCACAACCCCGAACCCUUCUUCGCCCUGGCCAAAGAGCUGUAUCCUGGCAACUACCGGCCCAACGUGACGCACUACUUCGUCCGGCUGCUGCAUGAGAAAGGUUUGCUGCUCAGGAUGUACACGCAGAACAUCGACGGCCUCGAACGACUGGCAGGGAUUCCUCCUAAGAUGCUGGUGGAGGCUCACGGUACGUUUGCGACGGCCACCUGCACCGUCUGCCGGAGGAAAUAUGAAGGAGAAGAUCUACGACCAGACGUGAUGAAGGGGGCGGUGCCAAAGUGUCCGACCUGUACGGGCGUCGUAAAGCCCGACAUCGUCUUCUUCGGGGAGGAGCUGCCGCAGAACUUCUUCAAAUACCUCACAGACUUCCCGCUGGCGGACCUGCUGAUCGUCAUGGGAACCUCACUGGAGGUGGAGCCGUUCGCCAGCCUGUCUGGAGCCGUGCGGAGCUCUGUUCCUCGUCUCCUGAUCAACAGAGACCUGGUGGGUCCGUUCGCCUGGCGGAGCAGCCGACCGCACGACGUCGCUCAGCUGGGCGACGUGGUCAGCGGCGUGGAGGCGCUGGCCGACGCUCUCGGCUGGACGAAGGAGCUCAAGGCUCUGAUGGAGAACGCUGCUGCUGAGAAGGCUUCUACAUCAAAGAGUGAAGAGUGAAUCCAUCUCACUAAAAUCAAGCUGGA